UUUCCAGGAGACUUUGGUUUUAUCAGCUGCUGUAAUUCAGGGAUCAGAAAACUUAUAAGGGGAGAAUUUCUAGAGAUAUCUGCUCUUUGGAUCCAAGUACACUUCCCUUGGCUAUCAGGAAAGAUAAAAACAACUCCAAGGUUCUACUUUUCCGGGACAUUCAUAGGCAGUUGCUCUGAGAUUAUGGGCACACAAGUUUGCAUGAGGUACAGAUGGAAUUUAAUAAAUGGAAAAGAAGUUAAUAAAUGGAACAGCAGAACUUUACCCGUACAGUGACAGAAAUUGUUCUUUUGGGACUUACACAGAAUUAUGAACUACAAUAUUUUCUCUUUGGGGUCUUUUUCAUCAUCUAUAUGGCAACGUGCUUGGGAAAUUUUACCAUAAUCAUUAUGGUGAUUUUGAACCACCAGCUUCACACGCCCAUGUACUUCUUGCUUGCCAACCUGGCUUUUCUAGAUGUCACUGACUCUUCAAUCAACACACCUACAUUGUUAUCAAGUCUCCUCUCCCAGCAUAAAAUUAUCUCUUUCAAUGAGUGUAUCCUCCAAAUUUUCUUCUUUCACUUCAUCGGAGGUGCCAUGGGUCUUGUGCUCAUGAUAAUGGCAAUAGAUCGGUAUGUAGCAAUCUAUAAACCCUUGCAAUACUUGACUAUCAUGAACUGGGAUAUAUGCACAGGGCUAGUGGCAGGGGCAUGGUUGGGUGGAAUGGCGCACUCUCUUGUUCAGAUUGCAUUACUCCUCCAGCUACCAUUCUGUGGUCCCAAUGUCUUGGAAAAUUUCUACUGUGAUAUCCCACAGGUCAUCAAGCUAGCUUGUGCUAACACCUACAUUAUGGAGCUGCUGAUGGUUUCCAACAGUGGAUUGCUUCUCAUAAUAACUUUCAUUAUUCUUCUCAUUUCAUACACUGCCCUCUUAUUCAAGAUAAGAAGACAUGUGACACAGGGGAAACACAAAGCCCUGUCUACCUGUGGAGCUCAGAUUACAGUUGUAAACUUAAUUUUCAUACCUAGCAUAUUCAUAUAUGCACGGCCCUUCACAAAAUUCCCCCUAGACCAGUUGGCUGCAGUUGUUUACACAGUGAUCACACCCAUGCUAAACCCAGUGAUCUAUGCACUGAGAAACGCUGAAAUGAAAAAGGUCAUCAGGAGACAGAUCAUUAGAAUGCUGUCCUCAAGGAGGAUACAAAACCACAGAGUAUAG